AUCACAGGUCCUGCAGCUCUUGCCUGUAGCAGACACUUUGCAGGUCCUGGUCACUGGCGCUGUUAUCAGUACACAGGAUACACACAUAUAUAUGACUGUGGCCCCCGGACUCCUCCCUCCGGCUCCAGUGUCAGAAUCUUACCUCAUAAAGGCGCCUGCAAUAUUCGAAGACUAGAGCUCCCUGUACUCAUCUUCUCCUGAAAGACCCACCAAGAAUGGGGAAGAACCAGAAGGAGAUCUCCAGAAGAAUAUUAGACCUCACCUUGGAGAUCAUUUGCCUUUUGAGCGGAGAGGAUUACACCGUAGUGAAGAAGACAUCAGGGGAUUGUGUGACUCCCGUCAUCCAGGAGUCAGAAGGGUGGAGCAGGUUCUCCAUCACAGAGCCUCCCGCCUUGAAUCUUGAGCAGAAGAUCCUGGAACUCACCCAAAAGAUUAUGGAGCUGCUGACUGUAGAGGUUCCUGUAAGGUGUCAGGAUGUGGCGGUCUAUUUCUCCAUGGAGGAGAGGGAGUAUAUAGAAGGACACAAGGAUCUGUACAAGGAGGCCAUGAUGGAGAAUGACUUACCAGGGAUGGAUGAGGACAGAAGCCACAUGGGUGCGAGAAUAUUGGAUCUCACCCUAGAGACAAUCGGCCUGAUAACCGGAGAGCAUUGCAUUGUAGUGAAGAAAGUGCCUGGAGAUUGUGUGGCCCCCCGUGUGUCUGGAGGAUGGAGUGGGAGCCAGGGCCCCAUCACAGAGCCUCACCCCCUGAUACUUGAGAAGAUCCUGGAACUCACCCACAAGAUGAUGGAGCUGCUGACUGGAGAGGUUCCUAUAAGGUGUCAGGAUGUGGUGGUCUAUUUCUCCAUGGAGGAGUGGGAGUAUAUAGAAGGACACGAGGAUCUGUACAUGGACGCCAUGAUGGAGGACCACCGGCCUCUUCUGUCACUGGAUGGAUCCAGUCAGAGAAAUCCACCAGAGAGAUGUCCCCAUCCUCUAUAUUCCCAGGAUUGUCUGGAGGAAAAGCAAAGUCUGGAUGAUCAGACAAAGUCCGGUGGAACGAUGAGUAGACUCGGAAAACCCAAAGUCGUGUCAGCAAAUGGUGAGGACUAUUCACCUUGUUAUGAAGUUGACGUUAAUCAUUCACAGAUCGUGAAAAAAAGAACUGCACAUAAACGGGGUACACUUUUUACAUGUUCCGAAUAUGGGAAACAUUUAAAAAAUAAAUUUAAUCUUUCAAUGCGCAGAAAAAUUCACACAGCUAAAAGGCGAUAUUCAUGUUCAGACUGUGGGAAAUCAUUUACUAGGAAACUCACUCUUGUUGGACAUCAAAGAAUUCACACAGGAGAGAAGCCAUUCUCCUGCCUGGAAUGUGGGAAGAGUUUUAAGCUUAAAAGUUAUCUUGAGAGACAUAAGCGGAUUCACACAGGAGUGAAGCAAUAUUCAUGUUUAGUCUGUGGAAGUUGUUUUAGUCUUAAAUCGAGUCUAACAAAGCAUCAGAGGUGUCACACAGGAGAGAAGCCAUAUUCAUGUUCAGAAUGUGGACAAUGUUUCAGUCAGAGAUCAAUCCUUGUUAAACAUCAGAAGAUUCAUACAGGGGAGAAGCCGUAUUUAUGCUCAGAAUGUGGAAAAUGUUUUACACAUAAGUCAAAUCUUGUUGACCAUCUGACAACUCACAGGGAGAAGUCAUUUUCAUGUCCAAAAUGUGGGAAAUGUUUUCGACAAAAAUCAAGUCUUGUGGGACAUCUUAAUAUUCAUUCAGAGGAGAAGUCAUAUUCAUGCUCUCAAUGUGGAAAGUGUUUUAAGCAGAUAUUAGCUCUUAUGAAACAUCGCAGCACUCACAAAGGGGAGAAGUCUUAUUCAUGUACACAUUGUGGGAAAUGCUUUCUCCAGAAAUCAAGUCUUGUUAGACAUCAGAGAAUUCACACUGGGGAGAGGCCUUAUUCUUGUUCAGAAUGUGGGAAGUGUUUUAAGGAGAAAUUAGCUCUUAUCAAACAUCGCAGCACUCACAAAGGGGAGAAGCCUUAUUCAUGUACACAUUGUGGGAAAUGCUUUGUCCAGAAAUCAAGUCUUGUUAGACAUCAGAAAAUUCACACUGGGGAGAGGCCUUAUUCUUGUUCAGAAUGUGGGAAGUGUUUUAACCAGAGAUCUAUCCUUGUUAAACAUCAGAAUAUUCACACCGAGGAGAAGCCGUAUUCAUGCUCCGAAUGUGGAAGGUGUUUUAAACAGAAAUCAACUCUUCUUAAUCAUCAGAAUGUUCACACAGGGAAGAAGUCAUAUUCAUGCUCAGAAUGUGGGAAAUGUUUUAGAAGGAAAGCGAGUCUUGUUAUACAUCUGAGAAUUCACACAGGGGAGAAGCCAUUUUUGUGUAUAGAAUGUGGGAAAUGUUUUAACCAGAGAUCAAGCCUCGUUGCUCAUCAGAAUACUCAUUCUACGGAGAAGUCGUAUUCAUGUUCAAAAUGUGGGAAAUGUUAUAUACAUAAAUCAAGUCUUGUUCUACAUUAUCGGAUUCACACAGGGGAGAAUCCGGCAGAUGGCAGACAGCGUGUAUGGCGUUGUGUGGGCGAGCGGAUUGCUGAUGUCAAUGUUUUGGAUUGA